CGAGCUUUACGUUAUCAACAAGGUGAUUAUAAUAUAAAUUUGAGGAAUUAUGAUACUAAAAAAUAUAAAGGGAGCGGAAAACCCAUAUUAUGUUGUCCUUAAUAUAUUGUAUUAUUGCUGUUAUCUACAAAAUCCAACAAAGGCUAUGACACUUGCUAUCAAUUUGAACGGCACCACGAAUGAGGGCAGAUUUGGUAAACAGCUAGUAAAAUCUGUCUUCAUUUCUGGAAACUCUUUGAUGUACUUCCGGCUUUAUCACAAUAACCCUUAUUCUACGUUCAAGAUUUUGAUGGACAAUUAUAAUGAUGCUAUGCGCAUAAAGGCGAUUGACAUAUUAAGAAAGGCUUAUUUAUCAGCAUCAAUUGGAUGGAUCGGUAAAUGGUUAGGAAUCACUAAUAACAGCAACAUGGUGAUUUCUGAAAUAGAAAGAUUGGUCAAGCCAACAUGUAUUAAAUCCAUAGAUUACGAUCGUCAGCUGAUUUAUUUUCUAAAGAAAAGAAAAUAAAGCUCAAUUUAUUAUACAGUUUCAUAGGAGAAUUCGUUGGUUCUAUUACCUUGUACUAAUGGCAUUGUUAGACUCAAUUGGUCAAUUUUAUUAAAAAAAACAAAUU